AUGCUUUUUUCGUUCAAACGUUGGUGGCGUUUAUUAAUUAUAUUCUUUUCUCCAUUAAUACUUUUGCCACUUCCUCUUCUCAUACAUUCAGCCCAAGCUCAAUGUGCCUACAUUGUUCUUCUUUUAACAAUCUAUUGGGUCACAGAAGUAGUACCUUAUGGUGUUACUUCACUACUUCCGUUAGCUUUAUUUCCUAUGCUAAAUAUUUUGCCUGGCGAAGUGGUUGGUCAUAGUUACUUCAAAGAUAUAACAACAUUAUUUCUUGGCAGUAUGACAUUGGCUCAUGCAAUGGAAUACAUUCAUCUCCAUCGACGAUUAGCAUUGUUUGUACUAAGUGUUGUUGGUUCAUCCAUACGAUGGAGUAUGGCAGGAUUAAUGUGUGUAACAAGUUUUAUUAGCAUGUGGAUCAAUAAUUCGGCCGCGGCGAGUAUUAUGAUGCCUGUUGCUAUUGCAAUUGUGGAUCAACUGGAAAAUUACGAUAUGAAAAUAUCCGAAAAUGUUCAAGAGAUGGUCCCUAUCGACACUGAACCUGUAUUCGAUGUGAAAACGAUUGGCGAAGAUGACAAUGAUCCUAAAAGAACAUCGCAUCAUACUACAAUGAACGUAACAGAUGAAUUGGUACCAUUAAAUGAUUUAACUAAAAGAACUACACAAUCUGCGUUUGAUUAUUCAAAAUUAAGAUGUGGUUUUCUCAUUGCUGUUGCUUAUAGUUCUGGUAUUGGUGGCUUAACAACAUUAGUUGGAACUGGUCCUAAUAUCUUUGUUAAAGGAUUUGUCGAUCAAAUGUACGAAAAUGAUCAGAAAUUAAAAUUUGAGAUAUCGUUUGGAAAUUUUUUUCUUUAUGCACUACCCAUGGGUUUCCUCAUGCUGAUAUUCUGUUGGUUCACAUUGCAAAUAUUAUACAAUCGUAAAGACUUUUUUCGUUGGAGAAAAACAAAGAAUGAGUUAGAACGUGAACAACAUCUUCAUUCAAUUCUUAAACAACAAUAUAAAGACUUGAAUGUUCUCUCAUGGCAAGACAUGAUCAUUGGUUGUCUGUUUGCUGUCUUAAUCCUCCUUUGGGUAAUACGGGAUUUUUCCGAAGAACGUUGGUUAUUCAUAUUCACCAAGGAAUAUGCAACAGACGGCACAAUCGCUUUGUUCAUUGGUUCACUACCACUUUUCUUACCAGAUAAAAAUCCAUUUCAAAAUGAAUGGAUCUACAAACCAAUCCUACCGUGGAAUCAUUUAUCGAAAACAUUUCCUUGGGGUGUAUUCAUGUUACAAGGUGCUGGUCUAGCUAUUGCAGAUGGUUUCAAAACAUCUGACCUUUCAAGUACGAUGGCGACGUUCCUUCAAUUCAUUGUUGGUGCACCGAGCAUAAUCAUUAUCCUUUUCGUUAUCAUCAUUAGUGCUAUUUUCACCGAGUUUACAAGUAAUUUAGCAUGUGCCAGUAUUCUCUUUCCAAUUCUGCAUAGUAUUGCGACCAUAGCAAAUAUUCAUCCAGCUUAUUUAAUUAUGCCAUCAUGUAUUGCUGUUUCAUUAUCGUUCAUGUUACCAAUUGCUACGCCACCGAACGCCAUGAUAUUAUCGAAUGAAAGUGUGAAAGUAAUGGACUUAAUCCAAGCUGGUAUCAGCAUUAAAUUGUUCAGUAUUGUGGUUAUCUUUAUUCAAUCUGCUUUUGCAUUAUCAUACAUAUUCGACAUUGAUGACAUGAUAUCAUUAUCAACGAAUGGCACAUUAAAUUAG